UUUGAAGUCUUCCGCCUAACUAAGACAACCGCAAUGAAAUUCUACGCCGUUAUUCUCUUGCUGGUGGUAGUGUUUGUAGCUAACAGCGAUGCAUUCUGGAAGAAAAGAUGCAAGAAGUGUAAGUGGGGACGCGGAUACGGGGGAGGCGGUGGCGGUGGCGGUGGCGGAGGCGGAGGCGGAGGAGGCGGCGGCGGUUAUGGCGUAGGGUACGGCGGAGGUUAUGGUGGCGGAUACGGCGGUGGGUAUGGCGGAGGUUAUGGUGGCGGAUACGGAGGCGGAUACGGUGGAGGGUAUGGUGGAGGUUAUGGUGGCGGCGGCGGUGGCGGCCACGGUCACGGCUGGAAGAAAUACUAAGAGUCAAGUUGAUAUAUGCAGACGAUGCGCUUUUCAACGACUGCUAAACGGAUAAGAGACCUAGCCGAUACAUUGUAUUGAUGAUCUUAAAUGUUUAAUAAAUAGAUAAAAUUUA